CUCUGAUACGGCAUCAAGGCUUCCGCCGCCGCGUGGCCAGCGCCGCUCCUGAUCCCCCCAUCAUCCACGCCACACCCUGCACAUCCAACCGCCACCCCAUCUCCAUCGACUGCGGACAAGCGAGGAAAGAUCAGUCGGAGUGUGAGGCACGAUGCCGGCCAUGACUUCCGCUGCCGGCGUGGUGGGCUUCUUAUCCGAGCCCGACCCUACCCUGCAAGCCUUUGCCCUCGAGACGCUGAAUGAGGACAUCGAGAGCGUGUGGACGGAGGUGUCGGGAUCCAUCGGUCAGAUAGAAGCGCUGUACGAGGAUGAGAACUUCUCCCAUCGCGAACUCGCCGCUCUCGUGCUGUCGAAGGUGUACUACCAGCUUCAAGAGUACAACGAGGCCAUGGUCUUCGCCCUCGGAGCCGGCAAGCACUUCGACCUGGAGAACGCGGACGAGUACGAGGAGACCAUCGUCGCCAAGUGCAUCGACACCUACAUCGCACUGUGUGCCAUGCACAAUCCACCCACGUCUGCCUCCGCAACCACCCACCCCACCGACAACACUCCUGCCAACACCACCUCUGCCACUCUAGCAUCACCGUCCACACCCUUCACGCAAUCCCAGCUGCCUUCCAAGUCAUUGCUUAGCAGGGAUGACGAGCAGGCAUGGGACUCGUCGGCGCCGGGCGGUGGCAACGCCGGUGUGCCUGGAGCGCAUCCUCACCCACUCACCCUCAGCCAGCAAACGAAGAAGAACCUGCAGUCGGUCAUUCGUCGAAUAUUCAAGAGCUGCUACGAGAUCGGCGCCUAUAAGCAGGUCGUCGGCAUCGCAGUAGAAGCUCGGAAUAUGGAGGUCCUUCGCGAGGCGAUCCUUCAAGCCAGCCAUGACGAGAAGAGCAAGGGCAAGAAGGCUGUCACGGCCGGUCCCGGCCCGACCGAGGAGCUGAUGGAGUACGUGCUCGACAUCUGCAUGAACGUGGUGCAAGAGCGCGGGCUGCGGAAUGAGAUACUCCGGUUGAUCCUGGGACUGCUGAAUGAGAUCCCAUCUCCGGACUACUUCGCCAUUGCGCGAUGCGUGGUAUAUCUCGACCAGCACUCCAUGGCAUCCAACAUGCUGCGACAGCUCGUGCAGAAGGGUGACGGUCGUUCGUUGGCCAUCGCCUACCAGCUGUCCUUCGACCUGUACGAGAACGGCACGCAAGAGUUUCUACAAAAAGUGAUGGAGGAGCUCCCCGACACGGAUGAAGAAGAGAAGAAAGAACACCCUCACAUGAACGGCAACGCCGUCCCGCCCGCCUCCUCCCACGCCAACGAAGACGAAGACGCACAAGCAUCCGACCAGCUACUCUCGCACACCCAACAAGCAUCCUCCGACGACGCCCCACGCACCACCCUCGUCGCCUCCCGCACAAAACCCAAGCCCGAAACCUCCGCCCAACAUACCGCCUUCACCUCCAUCCGCACCAUCCUCCGCGGCACCAAAUCCAUCGAGCUCAACCUCGAGUUCCUCUAUCGCUCCUCCCACUCCGACAAAGCCAUCCUCAACAAAAUCCGCGACUCGCUGGAAGCGCGCAACAGCAUCUUCCACACCUCCGUCACCUUCGCCCACGCCUUCAUGUACGCCGGCACGACCAUCGACACCUUCUUCCGCGACAACCUCGAAUGGCUAGGUAAAGCGGUGAAUUGGAGCAAAUUUACCGCGACCGCCGCAUUGGGCGUCAUCCACCGCGGCAACCUAAGCCAGGGCCAGAAACUACUCCAACCAUACCUACCCAAAGAAAACGCCGGCCCCGAAGGCGGCAGCGGAAGCCCCUACAGCCAAGGCGGCGCCCUCUACGCCCUCGGACUCAUCUACACCAACCACGGCACCAACGUCCUCGACUACCUCCGCCGCCAAUUCAAAGCGACGCAAGAAGAAGUCGUGCAACACGGCGGCGCGCUCGGGCUGGGCGUCGCGGGGAUGGCCACGGGUUCGGAAGAAAUCUACGAGGAACUCAAACAAGUCCUCUACUCCGACUCCGCUAUUAACGGCGAAGCGGUCGGGUUGGCGAUGGGGCUUGUCAUGCUGGGGACGGGGAAUGUCAAGGCCUUGGGUGACAUGAUCACGUAUGCGCAUGAAACGCAGCAUGAGAAGAUCGUCCGCGGAUUGGCGAUGGGAAUAGCAUUGAUCAUGUAUGCCCGGCAGGAAGCGGCUGAUGAGCUUAUUACGGGACUGCUGGAGGACGCGGAUCCGGCUUUACGCUACGGAGGCAUCAUGACCAUUUCUCUCGCUUACUGCGGGAGCGGGAGUAACAAGGCUGUGCGGAAGUUGCUGCAUGUCGCUGUAAGCGAUGUGAGCGACGACGUCCGCCGCGCAGCGGUUAUGGGACUAGGCUUCGUCCUCUUCCGCAAACCCGGCAGCGUGCCACGCAUGGUCGAGUUGCUUUCGGAAAGCUACAACCCGCACGUCCGUUACGGCGCCACCAUGGCGCUCGGCAUCGCCUGCGCAGGAACGGGGCUGGACGAAGCGAUCGAACUCCUCGAACCCAUGCUCAAAGACUCCGUCGAUUUUGUGCGACAAGGCGCAUUGAUAAGUCUGGCCAUGAUCCUCGUCCAGCAAAACGAAGUCAUGAACCCCAAGGUCGUCGCCGUGCGGAAACAGUUGCAGAAAUCCCUCACGGACCGCCACGAAGACGCCAUGGCGAAGUUCGGCUGCGCCCUCGCCCUCGGCAUCCUCGACGCGGGUGGUCGUAACUGCACAAUCGGCCUCCAAACGCCUACGGGUAACCUGAAUAUGGCGGCGAUAGUGGGCAUGGCCGUAUUCACGCAGUACUGGUAUUGGUUCCCGCUCACCCACUUUUUGUCCCUGGCGUUCACGCCUACGGCUAUCAUUGGCGUCGACUCAGCGCUGGAAGUGCCGAAAUUUAAGUUCUGGAGCAAUACCCGGCCGAGUCUUUUCGACUAUCCGCCUGAGCAAGAAGUGAAAGCGGAGGAGGCCGUGGAGAAGGUCAAGACGGCCGUGCUGUCCACGACUGCGCAGGCGAGGAGGAGGCGGAGGGAGAAGGAGCGGAAGGAAGGGAAGGGUGGGGAGGGGGCGAUGGAGGUGGAUCAGACGCCUACUACGCCUCGGCCGGAGGCGGAGGAGGAUGAGAUGGUUGUUGAUACCGCCAAGGUGGCGGACGGGGAGAAGGGGGAGAAGGCGAGUAGUGGUGGUGCGACUGGGGCGAAGAGGAAGGCGGAGAGGGAGAAGGUCGGGUAUGAGAUUGAGAAUAUGUCGCGCGUGCUGCCGGCGCAGAUACGGUGGAUUUCGUUCCCGGGAGAGAGGUGGGUGCCUGUUAAGAAGCCCACGGGAGGCGUGAUUCUCCUCCAUGACACCCAGCCUUCCGAACCAAAGACACUACUUGAGUUGAAGGCGCGGAAGAAGACGACGGUUUCGGCUGCGGUGCCUGGGCAAACUACUGGCGGUGCUGCGGGCACCCGAUCCGCGCAAGAGGAGGAUGCGGAGAUGACUGAUUCGCAUGCGGGUGCCGGUGUUGGUGCCGGUAUGGGUGUCGGUGCGGCAGCGGCAGCGGGCGUGCUCACGGCGAUUGACGAGGAUGAGGAGGAGGCGCCUGUGCCGGAUGAAUUCGAGGUUGAGCCGGAGGAGGAAGACGAGGAUGAGGACUGAUGAGAUGGGA